AAUAGAACGACAGAGAAUAAUUGACUUCCAAGUAAACAUUAGCCUCUACAUUCUACACCAAAAGCAGAUUUUAUCCGGCAUGGCCUACUACAGCAAAGUAACUUGAACACUGAAAUUACCUUUUUCUUAUUGAUGGGAAAUUGGGAUUUGAAGUAUGACGGCAUGAAAAUCUGCUUGUCAAGAAUGCAGCCAGUCCUACUGGGUUUUGACUUGUGACGAAUGCUUGUUGCCCCUCAAGUUUUUCCCCAUGUCAGCCAUUGGUUAUCUAUGGUUGGUUUUUGGUUGUAAAGCCAGGAUAUAUAAUUCCUCUCCUUCAGGGUUUUGACUUGACCAACUACCAUCUCUCUCCCGACACCCCCUUCUCCAAAAUUUCUGACCCCUGAAAGUGAAAAUCCACCAUCACCAACAGUCCUUGCAUUCAAAUUUUUUCAUCCCUUUCGCAAAAACGACAAGCUUUAGCAAAAACGACCUCAAGUCUACAGGAAUCGUCACAUACUCCUUCCCUUCUAUACUUUCUUGUUCUCAACUUCUAGGGUUCCUCUUUUGUACCAAAAUAUUUCGGUUUUUAUCUCGUUGAUUGCCUGAUUCUUCUACAGUUAAGCUUCCGGGUUGAUAGCUGCUUCCAGAUUUUGCUGAUUCGAUAGUCCAAGUAAGUAUCUCUUAGAGGAAGGAGAAAAACCCUUUUAAACAUAAACCCUAGUUAUUAUUUAGCUAUAAGAUGGAACAAGAAAAAGCACUAGAACUUGUAAAGAAGGGCGCAACUCUUUUAUGCCUGGAUGUGCCACAAUAUACUCUAUUUGGGAUUGAUACUCAGAUGUUUACAGUAGGACCAAACUUUAAGGGUAUAAAGAUGAUUCCUCCAGGUCCACAUUUUGUUUAUUACAGUUCUAGUAACAAAGACGGCAAUGCUUUUUCGCCAAUUGUUGGGUUCUUUGUGAUUACUAGUCCGUCGUUGGUAAUUGUUCGUAAAUGGGUUCAACAAGAAGAGUGUUUAGUUAGAUUGUCAGAUGAAGAAGAGGAAGAGAGAUAUUGUAUAGGGGUAAAAAAUAUGGAAUUGGAUCGGUAUCUUGGUCCUUAUGAUUUGAAAACAUUUAAUGAGUGGAAGAGGAUUUCGGAUUACAUUACAAAGAGUACUAUUGAGAGAAUCCAACCUGUUGGUGGGGAUAUUACGGUUUCAAGUGAAUCUGGUUUUGUUAGUAGUGCUCCUAGGACUACUAUGGAAAUGGCUCUGGCUGAGCAAUUGAAGAAUAGCAUGUUCUCUGAGGCUUCUGGGAAGAGUGUUGUAAGUGGAUGUUGUUAUACGUCUAUUCCCCAUGUUGUCAAACAAAAAGGUGUUGUUGGGCAAGAUCUUACGUCGCUGAACCUUGAUAAAACACAAUUAUUGGAAACCUUAUUGUUGAAAGAGUAUGGUGGGUCAGAAGAUUCCCUUUUAGGGGAGUUGCAGUUUUCAUAUAUUGCGUUUCUUAUGGGGCAGUCACUUGUAUCGUUUUUUCAGUGGAAAGAUUUAGUUACUCUUUUGUUUGGUUGUACUGAAGCACCAUUCCGCACAAGGAGUCUGCUCUUUACGAAGUUUAUUAAAGUCAUCUAUUACCAGCUGAAGUUUGGGUUUCAAAAGGAUGAUGGAAGUGCAAGUGGUGGUGAAAAAGGUGCGUCCCUGUUCUUGGAUGACUCAUGGCUAUCGAAGGACAGUUUUUUGCACCAUCUCUGCAAGAAUUUCUUUUCUUUGGUCCAAGAAGCCUCAGUUCUUGAUGGUGAUUUUCUUUCAUGGACAAGGAAGCUUGAACAACUGCUUCAGACCACGUUAGGAUGGGAUUUCAUACAUAAUGGGGCUGUGGAUGACUUGUACGACGAAGAUGAUGAGUUCGCUCCUGUUGUUGUGAUGUUGGAUGAGACUAGUAUCUAAGGAGCCUCAACAGCCUAAUCAGAUGUUAUCUUGCAGGCUCUCAAAAAUUUGAAGUAAUAUAAACAUAGUCUAGUAGUUUGGGAUUGACAACUGAAGUUGGGGGUGCUUCAGAGAGGCAUUUUCAGUUGCUUAUCGUAGAUAGACGUAGCAGCAUCAAGAUCUCGUUGCCCUGUCAGGCAGUUUGCCACCAGCUUCGUUGUUGCUUUUAUGGUAUGUUUUCUUAUCAGUUUCAUUUCAUAUCAUCACUAGAAGCAUUGCAGUGAAAAUGAAUAUAAUUUUCAAAAGAAUCUGGAUUUGCUUUCACUAUGAAGAGAGAUUCCCAGUAAGCAACAGUUCUCCUUGG